GAUACAAAGCUCUUGUCUCGUCAUUUUACCUGUCAGUAUUAGAGCCCUCAAAGCUGCUAAGAGCAACUAUAGAUAUAUACACUGGUAUUGCUGGAAUAUAACUGGUUUACACAUCAAAAAUGAAGUUCUUCUGUGUUGUCUGGAUCUGGAUUUGUCUGUCAGGAUUUGGAAUUUCAGCAACUGAUGGGAUUAAUCUACAUGGAUAUACAGAUGCAUCGGUCACAAUUUCUUGCUCUCACAGAUGGGCUGAGAGCAACCUAAAGUAUUUCUGCAGGGAUCCAUGUAAUGACAGAAAUAUUCUAGUUAAAUCUGGUCAGUCACCAAAAGGGAGAUUCAGACUGAAGGAUUUUGGAAAUGGCACCUUCACUGUGACCAUCAGUGAACUACAGCUGUCAGACUCUGGCGUUUACUGGUGUGGAGUGGAAAGAUCUGGUAAAGACACAUAUAAUGAGGUCAAUCUGAAGAUACAUAAAGCAACCACACCCACAAAAAGGUGGACACCUAAACCAGUGGCCAGGUCUAAAUCUCAAGCCUCCACACCAGCAAGUUCAUUCUCAAAAUUCACUCCAGAACUUGAUGAUAUCACAAUCUCACCUUCAUUAACAGGUCCUCUGGUGUUCACAGCUGUGGGUCUGACUGUGACUCUGAUCAUAUUCGGAGUGGUUCUCUGUGUAUGGAAUUGGCAAAAGAAAAAGUCACAUAGUUCCAGUGGCCCAGCUCACGCUGAUGCUGAACUCAAGAGAAAAGACACCACAUGUACCACAGAGGCUGCUGGUGAUUAUGAGGAGAUCAGAGACACUCAACAGCAGACUAAACCACACACACUGGCCACCAUAUACUCCACUGUUUAUACAAGUCCUGGAGGCAAUCAGAUCCAAGAUCCUCCAUUAUGCUCCACCCUCUCCGAUCAACCAGAGUCGUACACCAACCAAACUCCAAACUCCAGUACUAAUGCAGCACCUUCAGUUACAUAUGCAUCAAUUAAGAUACAUACUGAAGGCUGUGGACCAAAUACACGUAUUAGAUCAGAAGAUACAGUGACAUAUGACACUGUGUAUUUUCCUAAAGACACAUUCUGACUCCAUUUAUACCUGGUAUUAAGAUGCGUUUCAGGUGUAAACAGGGUCAAACCGUUUUGUGACCAGGUGUAAACAGCAAUAUGUCUCGACUGAGCACCUGACAGAUAUUAAUAAUAGGUGCAAACAGGCCCUUUAACAUGAUUAAAUUGUUGUGUUGCACUGUAUGAGUAUGUUUUGUGGAAGUAAUAAACAUAUCAUGUCUGA